CGUUGGAAUAGAAAAACAAAAUUUCAUUCUCUCUGCCUCUCUUUCGUUUUCUCUCACUCAAUCUCUUUAUAUUACUUUCUUUAUGUGUAUAUACACACACAAAUUUAUUACAUAUAUUUUAAAAUAAAGAUUAAUUGGCUCAAAUUUAAAUAGUUUACGAAUAAUUUUUUAUAUAUAAUAAAAUUAUAUUAUUAUUUUAUUUCUGUACCCUUGUUGUGAUCGUGUUUUAUUUUUUUUUUAGAAUUGACGUAUUGCAGUCUCCAUGUCAUAUCAUACCUGUAUCUGCAUCCGUGUUAGCCAGGGGUAUGUUAAUAUCCUAGAAGUAUUCUUGCUUCCUAGGCUGUAAUAAAGUAGUGAUCUGGGCCGCCUCCACUCCUUUCUUCUUCUCCUCCUGUUCUAUUUUGAUUUUGAUAAGCUAGGGUUUUCAGGAGGAACAAAUCCGAAUGAUUGAAAGUUUGUUAUUUCAUAUUGCCAGCAAGAACGUCCUAUCACCUGAACUCUUCUUUAUGAUGUUGCCACUUUCGGUCUUUUUGAUAUCAAUUUGAGUUGGUUAAGCGACAACAAGGAUUGGUAAUCUUGCUUGAUCCGUUUGUCUCUCUGGUGUGGUAUUUCCAUGGAAGGAAAAGGAACAGUGUGGUGGAACGCGUCUGACAGGCCGGAUGAUUUUGGUUACUACUAUAAUGGUAUAGGUGAUUUUAAGAACACCGGUCAGGUGGUGGAAGUCUCUGCUAUUCGCUACAAAGCGACUAAGAAGAGGGAAGCGAAUCAGUUAGUGAGAAGGCUACGUUCGUCUGAACACAAGAACGUCGCCAAAAUUCUAUAUAGAAAAAAUCACAAGAAGAGCGGAGGAACCACAAUAGUUGUGGAACGACUUGGUUUGGAUUUCUAUAACUGGGUUUACCAACCCAAUCUGGAUCUGUGGGAGGUUGACAGCAAAAACGUCGUGUUUGGCGCAGGAAAAGAUUUCCUGAAAGUUUUCAAAGAAAUCAUCAAAGGCUUAGACUAUUUUGUCCAGACCACGGGCUAUCAUGGGAAUCUUAUUAAUGGGGUCACUGUGUCCUCCAACAAAGAAGUUCGGUUGUUCUGGCCAAGUAAAAUCAAAAGAAAUCCUGUGGAAGCUCUUCGCAAAGACAUUCAAGACCUUGCUGAUUUAGUUACCCUAGCGGUAGCUGCGCAAUCUAAAGUUACGUUUGAAGAAGCGCAAACAUCAAAAGUUGGCUUAAUUGUAUGUGUCAACCUCUUCCUGGAUUUAAUUGCAAAUGUGCUACCCAUUUGUCAAACACUUGAUGAGCUCAAGAAAUUUUGGGGUUUUGUCAAAAUGAACCCAAUUUUUCAAGAUGCCGAACAGAGAUAUGAGAUGCAGAUAAUAUUUAAUGACGUGCACAGCAAAAUCUCAAUGGAAGUGUUUGAAAAAGUAACUUUGUGUAGUGCUGCAACAGAAAUUGAAGGCUGGUGGUAUACAAGGAUUCCAUCGGAUAGUUUUCUGAAAGGUAUUGGAAGUAAAAGACCCCUAGUUCAAGUGAAAGGAACAGAAAAAUGGGUGCUACGUGGUUAUGAUAUGCCAAACGCAAUUUUUGAUUUUCACGUAAAUGCCUAUGAGUGCGCCAGGGAGGGAAAAACAAGAAAGACACCUAUGGAGGUGUCGGAGGAAUUAUUUAAAAUAUUCCCGGACUAUGGACCCAAAUAUUUUCAUGAGCUAGUGCUAGCUGUUUACAAGCCACAAAACCGUACGACUGAUGCAAAUACUCUGCUUUCUGAACUAACGAGUAGAAUUGAUCCUUUGGACUAAAUUUCUGUUUUGGAUUUUCUUCAAUCUUAUAAUGCAGAUAGCGAGAUGCACGAAUUGUUGGAAGUUGCUGCAGCUAAGGGUAAUUAUGGCCAAUCCAAGCUUUUACAUAAAGUGGAGAUUUAAUUAACCGGCUAUGUUUUUUUUAUUUUUUCCUUGGUAAACUGAGUUCUUGCUUGUUCCCCUUUAAAUCGGAACUCGGAAGUAGACUUGUGCUGGUUUGUUUAAACUAUCUGUAAAGGUGUUAUUAUUCCGGUGCUCACUGUUUAAAAUCUCUGAAGACUGAUUAGGAUAGAUAUAUCAAAGGGAUGAAUAUUGAUGAACUUCCAAUCUAUUUAUUAUUAUUAUUAUUAUUAUUAAUUUUA